UCAUGCAGGGAUAAGGCUCUGUCCAAAGACUCUUGGCCGGAGAACAUCUACUUUCGUGAAUUUGUGACCAAUUCAAAAAUUCAACGGCCUAUCAUCAGGAUCGCUGCGAAGAAGAAUCCAUCUGGUGGUGGACAGUAGCGCCAAGCUAUCCCGGAUAAACUCGUCUGUCUAAUUUCAUGUUCCUCGGUGAGCGACAUCGAACUACCUGGCGAAUCGGCAACUUCUUCUGUGUCAGUCUGCUGAUGAACACUACUCAAUCGACUCUACCGCUCCAGCGAACCUUCAAUGUCAAAAUGAUAAUUUCGAUCGCAUCGCAUCUGUCCGCUCAGUAUGCCUCCCAUUGCAGUCAGCCGCUGGACGCAACAGUUAUGACGCAGUCAUUCCCUCCGUAUCGCAGCUUGUUCCCCUUCCUGACAACAGUACAUCCUGCUCUCCCCGCGCUAUUUGCGGUGAUAGUGAUCAUCGAGCCCACAGUCCUGAAACUUGGAAUGCAGCACGACACCUCUCACAUGACACUGAUGGUUUGCGGAUUUACUAUCAGAACGCGAGAGGGCUUAAGACGAAAAUUGAUGACGUGUAUUUAGCUGCUGUGGACGGUGACUACGAUGUUUGCGUCUUCACCGAAACAUGGCUCGAUGCGCGUAUAACAUCAGUGCAGCUUUUCGGCGAUGCUUACACCGUAUACCGUGCGGACCGAAAUAGUGGCAACAGUAUUCGCGGACGUGGAGGAGGAGUUUUGAUUGCUGUUUCCACCGCAUUUGCCUCAUGUGAGAUUGAUGUAGGUAGUUUAACCAGUGUUGAGGCUGUUUGGGUUAGAAUUACAACUCCAUCGAGGAACUUUUAUAUUGGUGCUGUCUAUAUUCCUCCUGAAAAGCGACUCGACUGCAAUAUCAUGCAACUUCACAUGGAUGCUGUGAAUAACGCUUCUUCACAAGCUGGCGCGGAUGGCGUGAUGAUUGUCCUUGGUGAUUUCAAUCAGCCAGGACUCAUUUGGGUGCCGUCACGACACGGAUACGCUUACCCGGACCCGAUUGCUUCGACAACCAACAUCGCCAGUCGUUUGCUAUUGGACGGAUUUGCUUUCAACGGGCUAAGUCAAGUAAGCAUGAUUCCUAACCACCAGUCACGCUUUCUGGAUCUCGUCUUUGUUAGUGAAACUAUUAUAUCUGUAUGUUCCGUCAAUGAAGCAUCCAGCGUGAUUGUUCCACUUGACAACUUUCAUCCCGCGCUUGAAAUCUCAAUUGGCACUAUUCGAUCAGUUCAGUAUGUAGAAACUCUUUCUGUCGACCGUCUCAACUUUCGCAAAACUGAUUUUGUA